UUCAUGGUUAGUCACGUAUAAGUACGGAAUUACGUGCAUAAGUACGGAAUAGUGACUAUUUAACGGCUCUAGGUGCGCAAGGGAGAAUGGCUGCAGGUGAAUCGCAGACUGUCCAUGAGCCAGAAGAUCUGCAGAAAAUCCUGAAUCCAGAUGGAAAAAAGGAAAAGCGAUAUGCGUUUGGGUUUAGGACUCAGGUUUACUGGGGAAAUGUCAUUGGAAUUUUCAUCUGGCACAUGCUUUCGUUCUACUACUUCAUCACGUUCCCUUAUCUGCAGCAUAAAGGCCUCGUAAUCUGGGCAUUUGUCCUGGCGGAGCUGAACCUCCUCUCAAUCACUGCUGGUGUUCACAGACUCUGGUGCCACCGAGCUUACAAGGCAAAGGCACCUCUUCGCCUUCUACUCGCUAUACUGUAUUAUUCUAGUGGGGAGAAUCGCAUCAUUCAAUGGGUGCGGGAGCACAGGUGUCACCACAAAUAUGCAGACACCGACGGUGAUCCCCACAAUAGCCAGCGUGGUUUCUUCUUCUCCCACUUUGGCUGGCAAAUGAUGAAGAAACACGACGCUGUGAUCAACGGAGGCAAUACUAUAGACUUGAGUGACGUUGAGGCUGAUCCAAUCGCUUCAUUCUUCGACAAGCGUUACGUAUUCUUCAAGACUCUCUUCUGCUUUUUCCUCCCAGUUUUCGUUCCUGUAUACUUCUUCAACCAAGACUUGAAAGCCGCGAUAAUCACCCAAUGGCUGAUGAGGUACCCCUACGUCGUCAACAUGAUGUUCUCAGUCAACAGUUUCGCACACACAUACGGAUACCGCAGUUACGACAAGACCAUCAGACCGGCGGAGAACGCGAUGAUCUCCCUGAUGAUGGUGGGUGAAGGCUGGCACAAUUACCAUCACGCAUUUCCCUGGGACUACAAAGCCUCGGAGCUCGGUUGGGCGUUAUUCAACAGGACCACCUUCUGGAUAAACUUCUUCGCGAAAAUCGGCUGGGCUUACGACCUGAGGGAAGCCACCCCCGAGCACAUGAAGAGGAUCAUUGAGCGCAAGGGCGACGGCACGCAUCCAGUUUAUGGAGUCAAGAAAAAAGACGAUGAAAUCGAAGUCACGCAAAUGCCCUACGCUUAUGAAUAAUUGUCAAAACAUCUUCAUUAUUUAAUUUAUGAUUAGUUUAGGGAAGUCCGAAGAAUUGGCAAUAUUUGGACAACUUCUUUUCCAUCUUCUUUUUUCCAUUGAAAAAUCCAGUGUAACGAUUUUUGAACCCUCUAUUUCGCUUAUCAAGUAAUGUAAUACGAUGUCUAUAUAUUUUUUUUAUGUUGUGUAAUCUUUUGUUUACAGUAAUUGUACAAAAUGAGACGUUAAUUUCUUACUGUAAUAAACAAAUACACAUAUAACGUAGUAAUAAAAAAUGUAAUACAGUUCUGUACUGUACAAAAACAUAUGUAGGAUAGUAUAUAUGUAUCUAGUACAUAAUGCAUCCCUAAAAAUGAAAAAGAACAUGAAAAGCAAAAGAAAAACGAAGAAGGUGGAGAGAAUUAUGAUGAUUCCGAAUAAAUUAUUCAAUAAUUAAGUUCUCAUUCGGAAAA